CGAACGACACCCAGCCCAGGACCCCGCAAGCACAGAUCUUCCCGGGGCAUCUUUACUGUUUACAUUCAAAGGGGCGGCCCAUGCACAUGCUCUCACUCGUUCCGUGGUUCACUCCAUCACUCAAACGGGGGUCGACCUGCUCUCGUGCUUCUCCAUCCAAGCAGCUCGGCCACAUUUGCGACGUGAUUAUUUAUCAUUGAAACAAACACUUACUCAAGCCACUUCGCUUUCCCUUCCUUUCUAUCUGUAUCAUUUUGAUCUGCAAUUCUUCUCUUGCCCCUAUCGAUAUCGACCAGUCUCCACAACAGCCAUAACCAAACCCAUCCAUCUCCACGACCAACUGAUCUCCACUACAGCUACAAUAUACACACCAUGGUCCUGCAAACCCGACCCAAACCCAACUCCAGCUACGCCUCCAACCGACUCACUCGACAAUCCGGCCCCAGCCAAUCCCUCCUCUCCACCUUUCGAAACAGCAACGGCAAAGAUGAGCGUCCGAAGCCCGUGAAACCGGAGCCCGCGACGGACGACGAGCCCAUCAGCUCUAGCGACGAAGACGAUGUCGUGAACGAGGACGAUUCCGAGCCGGAAACCCGCACACGAGUCUCGGGCCCUAGCUUGGAUGAGAAGCUCGCCAAGAGCAGAUCGCAGACAACGCCGCGCGCCCCGCGCCAACAAAGAGGGAGCGAUACAAAGAACAGUACCCCGGCAACGGGCCGCAAACGGACCUCGCGUGAGAUGGUAAACGAUGACGCGGAUGAAGAUAAGGAUGAGGGGUUUUUCGCCUCGUUUCGCGAAUUGGAUAAUGGGAAUAAGCGACGCAAGAGUCGUGGGUAUCAGUCGAGGAAGUCGUUGGUGAACUCGUCGCAGUCGCCGGCGGGGAGUGUUAGAACGCCGAAGGCUUCGAAGGAUGAGAGCAAGAGUAUGAGUAAUGGGGCUAAGAAGAAGGGGAAAGAGUUCAAGGUUCCUAGGGAUAUUGAGGACGAGGCGCGUGCGUCGAGCCCCAAGCCUGAAUUCAAGCAGCCUCCUCCGAUGCCUGAGCCUAAUGAUAUGAUCUCGAGCUCUUCACAUGCUACUUCGUCUGCUCUGGAUGCGGCGGUCUUUGAUGAUGAUGAUUCCUCUGUCGGCACGCCGCUUAGUACGGCGUCAUCUAGCUUCAUGAACGAGCUCUCGCAGUAUGGAGAAGCGGCGCUGCUAGAUGAACCGGCUGUGUGUCCAUGGUGCAAAGCGCCUGUGGACCCGGGGGCGCUGUUGCGAUUCCGCGCGCAACCGAAACAGCGCAUGCGCGAACAGCGACAAUUCUGUGACUCUCAUAAGCAGUCUUCUGCAGAGCAGGAGUGGAGGGAGAAGGGAUAUCCGGAGAUCGACUGGGAUACGUUCGAUGAGCGAAUCGCUCAGCAUUUCGCGGACCUGGAGACGGUCAUGGUACCGGAGAGUACCUCUUUCUACCGGAAUAGUCUGGACACGGCGUUGAAGACCGGACAGGCUAAGAACUUCCGCCUUUCGCUGGACGGAGACGGAUUGGAAAAGAUCUCGUGUGGAUAUUACGGGACUCGAGGGGCAGGGAAAAUGCUACAAGCGAUCACCUCGCGAUACGGGCGGAAGCUCCGUCGGCUAGCGGCCGAUGAUCAGAUUGUGAAGAUGGCCGGGCCCGUCGGAUAUGCGCAGGAGGUGUUGGUGCCAGAGUUGGCGGUGCGACUGGUCAAGGAGGACAUGGGGGUGAAUGAGGAGACGGCACGGCAGAUUCUCCGCGAAACAAUUGAUAUUGGGGAGAAGGUGAACUUUGCCUUGAAUGACAAGGUGCCGGUGCCGGAGGAGUCUGAAGAGGAGGUGCAGUGAGAUGCAUAGCAGUGGUGAUGAUGUAUUUGGGGAUUGUUAUUCGUAUACUGGUCGGACUCUGUUUAUUUAGCAGUCCUGGGACCAAUGCUGUAUUGUAUAUAAGGCGAUGAGUGAUACCUCUCUGUUCGCUAGCUAGCUAGCUAGCCAGGCUGUUGUGCCAUGAUUUUGUUGGGAG